AUGGCAGGUAGUCGGCUGGAAACCGUGGGAAGCAUCUUCUCGCGGACUCGGGACCUUAUACGGGCUGGAGUGUUGAAGAAGAAGCCUCUGUGGUUGGACGUAUAUAAUGCCUUUCCCCCGAUGAAGGAGCCGGUCUUCCUAAGGCCCCGCUUGCGAUAUGGCAAAGCCAAAGCUGACAUCCAGGACAUUUUCUACCAUGAGGACCGGAUAAGAGUGAAAUUUUAUUCAGCCUAUGGAUCUGGUCAAAAAGCAUUUGAUCUCCUCAAUCCAAACUUCAAGUCUACCUGUCAACGGUUUGUGGAGAAGUACACUGAGCUGCAGACCCUCGGAGAGACUGAUGAAGAUAAGUUAUUUGUGGAAACGGGGAAGGCCUUGUUGGCAGAAGGUAUCAUCUUAAGACGACUAGGAGAAGCCAGGACUCAGGAAGGUGGUCAUAUUUCCCAGAAAUCUGAACACACAGAUCUCAAAACCCUACUGAUGUUGGAAGAAAACCAGCCUCAGCAAGUCCCCCAGGAGGAGCAUUUGAAGGCACCUGAGAAACGGAUGAAAGAUCUCUCACCUUCCUGA